GCAUGAUUUCAGGAAAUUGGCAAUAAGGAUGGACUGUUCUGUGUGCUACUGAGAGACUAUAAAGCACAUGCUGCUGCAUCUUGCAUGAAUCGUUUGGCUAAAUUGAGUGCGCGAUGGAUAGGCAAUCAUGGGUUCUCGAUAGGCAUUGAAGAUGUCCAGCCAAAAGAGACACUGAUAAGAAGGAAAGAUGAAACAAUUUCAGUUGGUUAUGGGAAAUGUGCUGGUCAUAUAGAAGAAUUCAAUAAAGGAAAACUAAAAGUCAAAGCUGGUUUCGAUGCUGCUCAAUCUUUGGAGGGUGAGAUUUCUGAUGUAUUAAGUGGAAUACGUGGUGCGAUAGGGAAGGUUUGCAUGCAAACCCUUCACUGGAGAAAUAGUCCAUUGAUCAUGACGCAGUGUGUCUCCAAAGGAUCUGCCUUGAAUAUCUGUCAAAUGGUUGCCUGUGUUGGUCAACUGAUAGUUGGUGGUCGUCGUGCUCCAAAUGGGUUCAUAGAUCGGAGCCUUCCUCAUUUCUCUAUAAGAGGAAAAACGCCUGCUGUAUGUUCUAUUACCAUCAUAAACAUAACUCAAUCCCAAAUCCCCGCUCAUGCUUAAUUCCUAAUUUUCUUCUGUACUAAUACAUAUAACUUGGUCUGAGAUUGCAAAUCUGCAUAUCUUAAUCUUCUCAACUUAAAUUGUUC